GAGAAAGAGCGGAGAGAGACAGAGAGUACAGACACAGAGAGCUACUGCAAUAGAGGAGGAAAGAGGGACAGAGUGAGUAAACGGGUAAACAGACGGAGAGCGAAGGAAUUUCAAAUCCACUGAGCUGGGGAGAGGAAACUGUUCUGCAGGAUGGUGACAUGACAUGAGCAGGACUGAGAGGGGAGACAGGGGGAGAGAUGAGUGACACAGCAGGGACACAAACAUAAUCACGGGGACUCAAAGACAUCCUUGGACGGUUGACAAAAAAGGAGAUUUGCGCUCUUCAAAACAUGACAUGAGUGUAACAGCAACAGUUCAGGUCAGUGGUUCCUGUUUCUGUCACGGGGGGGAGAAAAAGGGGAAACAAGGACAGGUAAUGUAAAAAAGUGAUAGACGUAAAAGGGAAAAAGGAUUUGUUUCAGAUCAUGUACAUGCUUCUCUAUUGGGUCUUGCUGUUGUAGUAGACCGUUUGGAGUACUUUGGACACAAGGAGCGGAGAGAGAGGGAGGCAAAGACCAAAAAAGGUCUGGAGUCAGAGCUGGAGAAACUGCAGGCUUGACAGAUGCUGCAGAGCCAUGGGGAGAGGAGAGGAGGGACAGGCAGAGACAAACAGGAAGGAGAAAAUAACCUAAGUGACAGUGAACUAUAAGAAACUUGGGGUGUGGUUAGGUGGGAUCCAGAAAGAGUUCCAGAGAGUCAGUGUGUGUGACGGCGGGGGGGUCAGGUGGGUCAGUCCCAAGAAGAAAGUGAGGGCUGGCUGUUAUUGUAAAUGUGAUUCAGUGAUUCUAAACAGAGCAACUGUUAACCCUGAGGAAGAAGAGCUUUACUGUAAAUGCGUCACACCAUGGACACCAGGGUUUCAAAGAAAUUCUAAACGGACCCCUCACCCACCAUGUCCACGGGCCCUGGCCUUGGUGCACUUGUCCCCGCCGAGGGGCUCCAGUCCACGGGGCCUGUUGGGCUCCAAACCCUGUUGGACCUGCUGGUGGGGGUCUACCAGGAGUUCUACUCCUCACACUUUGCAAGGGAGAAGUACGUCGCUGGCUUCCUGCAAUGGGCCGAGCCCCUGGUGAGGCAGGUGAGAAGGACUCGCAUCAAAAGGGAAGACUUUCAUAUCCUGAAGGUGAUUGGCAGAGGCACAUUCAGUGAGGUUGCUGUGGCAAGGAUGAGAAGCACACAGCAAGUGUAUGCUCUGAAGAUUAUGAAUAAGUGGGACAUGCUGAGGCGAGGAGAG